GAAAAUCCCCUUCUCGGGACUGUGUUCUCCUGGGCAACCGAGAAGAGGAACCCCGACAUCUUUUGGGGCUGCAGGUUUCUCUUGGCGUUAGAGGGCUGGGGAGUUUUCUGGAGCUCCGGCUUGUGGGAGGGAAUGGUGGCCGGGGGUGGGGGUAACCCCACCGGAACUCCCGCCGUGGGGAUGCCGAGUUUCCCGGAUGUUUCGGAUUUCUUAUUUUGGAAGCUUGUCAAGCAUGCUCGUUCCUUAAGGAUCUGGAACGAGAGGGUCUCGGAAACCCUCUGAACUCCUCACUCUUGGGAGCAUCAGUUUGCCGGCCAGUGUGGCGGCUUUCGGCAGUGCCUUCGUGCAUCCUCCCUCCCGCUGGGAAUGAUGGGGAACAGCCUCUUUGCCGGGUGCUGCCGAUACGUUGCCGAGCUGCUCUUCUGGGUGCGUGAGGAGACGUCGCCUGGGGAGCGGUCUCCGCUCGUGUCGGAUCAUUCCGCCAUGGGAUACGAGGCCGCUGCCCGAGGCCCGACCAAGGUGGGCGUCUCGGAAUCCGCCCUGGGCCCGGCUCCCUACCCAGAUAUUCUCCUGGGCUGUGCUCCGUGUGAAUACCUGCGGAGUGAGGAGGGGACCGGCCAAGACUUCUCCGGCGAUGAACAGACAGGCGAGGCCUCCGUCGACAGCUGCCAGCUGCCUGCCGCUCCCGGCCGGCCGGCUCGGGGGUCUUGUGCCAUGGCCGCCCUCCUUCCCGACCUUGAGCAAGAAUCGACACCACCUCUGGACUAUUCUGGGCAGCGUCGGGCCUGCCAGCCUUGUGAGGCGCUGGCGGGUCGCAGCUCAAGCUUCCGGAGCAACGAGCCAGAAGAGGAUACGAGGCGGAGUGAUGGGAGAGACUCGGACCACAGGUUCCCUGCUUUCAGUGCGCCCCAGUGCUCAGAAGCCUUGGUGAGGGGCCAGAGCGCGGGUUCGGGAUCCCCGCUGGCAAAGAGCAGGGUACUCGCUUGCAACGGCAAAGCCACUUCUGUGCUCGGUGGCCGGGGCGGCCGCAGCCUGUCAGGCGAGCCGAGCUCAAAUCCGCCUGGGGAACGAGCCCAGGUUGCUCAGGAGGGCCCUUCCCGUGGUGUGGAGGAAGAGGGAAGUGAUGGGGCUGGAGCUCAAGGAGUCGGGUGCCUCUCGGUGGACCCAAAGGUUGGCGUCGGUGGCCAGUUCAGCCUCGAACCGGAGUGGGAAGCGGAUCAGCGGCUGAGGCAGCAGCGGAGGAAGAGGAGGAAGAAGGCGGCUUCUGUGCUAGAGGAACACCCAUCCAACAUAACCCUAAUGAACGGAGAUGGUUUGCAUGAGAACCACAAGGAAGAAACCCCGCAGAACGGCCACGAAGAGGCAGACCCCGCGGACGAUGGCAACGAUCAAGAGGUCAUUGUUAUCCAGGACACGGGCUUCACGGUCAAGAUCCACGCGCCGGGAGUGGAGCCUUUCCCCUUGCAAGUCUCUCCUCAAGAGAUGGUCCAGGAGAUCCACCAAGUAUUGAUGGACCGUGAAGAUACAUGCCACCGGACGUGCUUCUCCCUGCAGUUGGACGGCAAUGUCCUGGACAAUUUUGCCGAGCUGAAGACCAUCGAAGGCCUGCAGGAGGGUUCUGUGCUGAAAGUGGUUGAAGAGCCCUACACCGUCCGGGAAGCCAGGAUCCACGUCCGUCACAUCCGUGACCUCCUGAAGAGUCUCGACCCCUCGGAUGCUUUCAAUGGGGUCGACUGUAGCUCCUUGUCGUUCCUGAGCGUCUUCACAGAUGGAGACCUUGGAGACAGCGGUAAACGGAAGAAGAAGGGUACAGAAAUGGAGCAGAUCGACUGCACCCCUCCGGAACAUAUCCUGCCAGGGGGCAAGGAGAAGCCCCUCUGCCCCCUUCAGCCCCAGAACAGGGACUGGAAGCCCCUGCAGUGCCUGAAAGUGUUAACCAUGAGCAGCUGGAACCCGCCGCCCGGCAACCGCAAGAUGCACGGAGACCUGAUGUACCUCUACGUCAUCACCACGGAAGACCGGCACGUCAGCAUCACCGCCUCCACCCGGGGGUUUUACCUCAACCAGUCCACAGCAUACAACUUCAACCCCAAGCCCGCCAGCCCAAGCUUCCUCAGCCAUUCCCUGGUAGAGCUCCUCAACCAGAUCAGUCCUACCUUCAAAAGAAACUUCGCUUCUCUGCAGAAGAAACGCGUCCAGAGACACCCGUUGGAGCGGAUCUCCACCCCUUUCCAAGUGUACAGCUGGACAGCACCGGUCGCAGAACACGCCAUGGACUGCGUGAGAGCCGAAGACGCCUAUACCUCUAGGCUGGGCUAUGAGGAGCAUAUCCCGGGACAGACCCGCGAUUGGAACGAAGAGCUGCAGACCACCAGAGAACUGCCCCGCAAAAAUCUUCCAGAGAGGCUGCUGCGGGAACGAGCCAUUUUUAAGGUGCACAGCGACUUCACGGCGGCCGCCACGAGGGGGGCCAUGGCCGUCAUCGACGGCAACGUGAUGGCCAUCAACCCCAGCGAGGAGACGAAGAUGCAGAUGUUCAUCUGGAACAACAUCUUCUUCAGCCUGGGCUUCGACGUCCGCGACCACUACAAGGACUUCGGGGGGGACGUGGCCGCCUACGUGGCCCCGACGAACGACCUCAACGGGGUCCGGACGUACAACGCGGUGGACGUCGAAGGGCUCUACACGCUGGGGACGGUCGUGAUCGACUACCGGGGCUACCGCGUGACGGCCCAGUCGAUCAUCCCGGGCAUCCUGGAGCGGGAGCAGGAGCAGAGCGUCAUCUACGGCUCGAUUGACUUUGGCAAGACGGUCGUCUCGCACCCCAAGUACCUGGAGCUGCUGGAGAAGACCAGCCGGCCCUUGAAGAUCCAGAAGCACGAGGUGCUGAACGACAAGGACGAGGAGGUGGAGCUGUGCUCCUCGGUGGAGUGCAAAGGGAUCAUCGGCAACGACAGCCGCCAUUACAUCCUCGACCUUCUGCGCACCUUCCCCCCGGACCUGAACUUCCUGCCCGUGGAGGGGGAGGCCAUGCCGGAGGAGUGCCGGAAGAUGGGCUUCCCCAAACAGCAUCGGCACAAGCUGUGUUGCCUUCGGCAAGAGCUGGUCGACGCCUUUGUGGAACACCGGUACCUCAUGUUCAUGAAGCUGGCUGCCCUGCAGCUGAUGCAGCAGAAGGCCAGCCAGCCAGAGGGCUCGGCUUCGCUGGAGAACGGCAGUGCCAGCCCCACGGCGCCCUUUCCGGAAAACGGGGCCGGGGACAGCGAGAAGCCCCUCUUGGCCGAGGUCAAGCUGGAAGACGGCAAAGGGGUGGAAAACGUGUCUGGGCUGGACCAGGUCAAAGAGCUGACGGAGACCAUUGCCUCGGACGAUGGAGCAGUGGACCCCAAAAGCAGGGAGGUGAUUCAGAACGCCUGCAAAGCUGUGGGCUCCAUCAGCAACACGUCCUUCGACAUCCGCUUCAACCCGGAUAUCUUCUCGCCGGGGGUGCGUUUCCCGGAGUCCAGCAAAGAACAGAUUCAAGAUCAGAAGAGGUUACUGAAGGACGCUGCCGCUUUUCUGGUCUCCUACCAGAUCCCGGGCUUGGUCAAAGACUGCCUUGACCACACCAUGCUGCCGAUGGAUGGUGCCACCUUAGCAGAAGCGAUGCACCAGCGAGGUAUCAACAUGCGCUACUUGGGUAAAGUGGUUGACUUCAUCGCCAAGACCCCGGCCCGGACUCAGCUCGAUCACGUCUAUAAAAUAGGAAUUGCAGAACUGAUCACUCGGUCGGCCAAACACAUCUUCAGGACCUACCUGCAGGGCGUGGAGCUCUUGGGCUUAUCCGCUGCCAUCAGCCACUUCCUCAACUGCUUCCUGAGCUCCUUCCCGAACCCGGUCGCUCACCUUCCCGCCGAUGAGCUGGUGUCUAAGAAGAAGAACAAGAGGAGGAAAAAUCGGAACUUGGGCAAUGCUGACAACACGGCCUGGACCAGCACCAGCCCUCAGGAUCUGUGGAAGAACAUCUGCUUGGAGGCCAAGAGUUACUUUGACUUCCCUCUGGAAUGUGAGAGCGUCGACCAGGCAGCAGAGAUGUACAGUCUACAGAAGAUAACCCUCCUGCGCGAAAUCUCCCUGAAAACUGGAAUCCAGAUCCUGCUGAAAGAGUAUAACUUUGACAGCCGACACAAACCCACUUUCACCGAGGAGGACAUCCUCAACAUCUUCCCUGUGGUGAAGCACGUCAACCCCAAGGCCUCGGACGCCUUCCACUUCUUCCAGAGCGGACAGGCCAAAGUGCAGCAAGGUUUCUUGAAGGAGGGCUGUGAGCUCAUCAGCGAGGCCUUAAACCUGUUCAACAACGUCUACGGCGCCAUGCACGUGGAGAUCUGUGCCUGCCUGCGGCUGCUGGCCCGCCUCAACUACAUCAUGGGGGACUACUCAGAGGCCUUAAGUAACCAGCAGAAAGCGGCGCUGAUGAGCGAAAGAGUCCUGGGCAUCGAGCACCCCAGCACCAUCCAGGAAUACAUGCACCUCGCUUUGUAUUGCUUUGCCAACAGCCAGCUCUCCACGGCACUCAACUUGCUCUACCGCGCCCGCUACCUCAUGCUGCUGGUGUUUGGAGAAGAUCACCCCGAAAUGGCACUUUUGGAUAACAAUAUUGGCUUGGUCCUCCACGGUGUCAUGGAAUACGACCUCUCCCUCCGGUUCCUGGAGAACGCGUUGGAGAUCAACUCCAAGUACCAUGGCGCCAAAUCCCUCAAAGUUGCACUGAGCCGCCACUUGGUCGCGCGGGUCUACGAGAGCAAAGCGGAGUUCCGGUCGGCCCUCCAGCACGAGAAGGAAGGCUACACCAUCUACAAACACCAGCUUGGUGAGCAGCACGAGAAGACCAAAGAGAGCUCGGAGUACUUGAAAUACCUGACUCAGCAGGCCGUGGCCCUGCAGCGCACCAUGAACGAGAUCUACAAGAACGGCUCCAACGCCAACAUCAUGCCCUUGAAGUUCACAGCUCCCAGCAUGGCCAGCGUCCUGGAGCAGCUCAACAUAAUCAAUGGGAUUCUCUUCAUUCCACUAAGCCAAAAAGACUUGGAGAACCUGAAAGCGGAAGUCCAGCGCCGCCAGCAGCUGCAAGAAGCCCUGAAGAGAAGCGAUCAGCUGGAGUCGGAAGGAAAAGUCCCAGAGGGGAGAGAAGCCCAGCCCAGCCCGCCCCUGGCCGCAGCCCCCUAGCCGGCACCGCCUCGCUUUCCUGCUGCUGGAAUCUCUUCCCGGGGUUGCUCGGUCGGUCCCUCACCCACCCACUCCGGGGCGGCUUCUCCUUGGCAGUUGUUUUUUAUUAUUAUUUUUUAAUUUGCACUGGUACAAUGAAUACACAAUGCAAAGAACUAAAUUUUGGAGAAAUAGAAACCUACCUGUCUGAGCUGGAAGCUUCCCCAGAGGGCGGGAAGCCCCACCCUGGGGUGCCGUGUUUGGCCGGUGGGGGGGAGGGAAGAGACGGGGACGAGGGGGGUGUAUUGCGUGCGUGCGUGUGUGUGUCUGUAUCGAUCCAUUUCUGCUGUGUACAUAAGAGGUUUAAUUCCAAGUAAGGUACAAGAACAUUUCUCAGGUCAUUUUUAUGUUGACUUUAAGGACAUUUAACUUGGCGGAAAGGAAGGCGCCCCCCCGCCGUCCUUCCUGGCCCCAUUUCAGCCUCCCCUCUCUGUUUAGGCGAUUGCUAUACAUACUAGAGAUUAAAUAUAAAUGCUGCCAUAUUUUUUAAUCGAAGAUUUGAUGUGGACCUGAACGGAGUCCGGAAGGAGGCCGUGAGGGUCUGGAGACAGAAAGCUCUUCUGAUCCCUGUGUGAGGAAAUAGCCAUUGGGUUCCACUCCCCCUAUUGUGGCAGUUCAGCGUCUGGGUGGAGAGUGUCUAGGACUCUCCAUCGCCUCUGCUGCCUGUGUGGUGAGUGGGUGGGUGGUCUUGGGGCAUUGCCCCCCAUCCCCGUUCCUAAUACCAUGCUAGAAAGAGAGCAGUGCCCAAGAAGGGGUGUCCAAAGAAUAAAGCGACAGCAAAUGUUUGAAACCCCAUUGAUCCCUGAGGAUCAGUGUCCAUCUUGAGUCGAGGGAAAACUCUCAAUGGACCGGCCAUUGCCAGCUGCUACUAGCAGGGUUUUUGGGGAGGGUCAGUGGGUGUUUGGGAGACUGGGGCCAUCUCUCCCCCGCCCCUCAAAAGAUGCCUGUCUGGGCUGCUUCAACUCAGGUUGGUCAGUCCUGCUUUUACAGUGGUAAAAGUGCCUAUACUCCUAGCGUUCUUGGGGAGUUGUGUGAACCGCACAAGAUCAAGCCUUGUCUUGGAAGCAUCUCUUCGGGGAGGGGGAGGGAGUCCGAGUCAGCCGGGCGAAGGGAGAACUGCUGACUGCUGUCCACACAGCCAUGCUGCCCGUCGGAAGAGCUUGCUGUGCGGUCACACCCAACCGAAUCAUUGUUCUGACUUGUAAGGUUGACCUGUGAAUGUAUUAAAGAAUCAUGACCCUAACCACAAGCUCUGGCUUUCCCCUUUGAUUUUUCUCCUCUUAGUGAAAUAAAUGCUGUUGAACAUUCAGCCCUGGACAAGGGUUUUGGUUUUUUGGUCUUGUGCCCUUUCUCUGUCCCGGUUGCCCCCGCGUGUCCUCUCGGCCAGACUGGCCCCACUCUUCUCCCAAGGAGGUCUCCAUUGCUGGCAAUGGAUGGGCCCCAAAAUGGGAGCCCUUCCUCUCCCCAAGAUGGUGUGUUUCCUGCUCGGCACAGCGCCAUCUGCUGGCAACCACCUGCUGUUCCUGACACGCUGCUCUCUGAAAAUGCUGGGUUUUGCCCUCCCAGGCCCGGAAUGUACUGUGCUGUGUUUUGAAAUACAGUCUGGUUGCUCAUCCUUCCUUGCUACUAACUUGAUACUGAAUUGCAUUGCUGAUGUUUGCAAUAACAACGUUUCCGACUUGGCUUUUAAGAAAGAAAAAAGUGUCUUCUGUCAUGUGACGAUUGUAUUGUAUUUGGGGAGAGAAGAGGGCGGUGCUUUCUGUCGCAACCUAAUGCAGGAUUGGACAGCCGCCCGCCGCCUUGUUUUGCCCGGCAGACACCCCCGAGCUGGUUGAUUAGCAUCUUGUGCAAGGGGCUCGAUCCAUGCAGUAGGGAGGUGCAUGAAAUUCGCUGGAAUCGAUUCAAAUGUGGUUGAAUUGGAAAGCCGAAUUCAAUUCAACUUGGGGCAAAUUCAAAUCGAUUUGAGUGGACCUCCGCCCUAUUCAGUGGUUUUGAAUUUGAAUUGAUGCUGGCAGAUUUUGUGCAUGUCCCUACCAGGCAUCAUAGCCUGGGGUUGCUGGAGCGUGCGGCUGUCAUAUGUAUGGCCGUUCUGUCCUGGUUGUGUGUGUGACAUCGUGGGAACAUGGAUUGGGUGGAACUUGCUAGCAGGAUGGUGGAGAAAGGGGGUGUGUGGGGGGAAAUGGUGCCACUUCCAGGGGCAAAAGAAGAGCGUCUGGAUCAAUGAGGUGGCCCAUUCCUGACCCAGGAUGAUCAGGUCCCAAGCAGGAGCUCUUCUUCCCCAGACCUUUUAGUCCAGUUGAGGGGAAACGGGGAAGAGGUGACAUGGGUUGUGCAUUUCCUUGGAAGCAUUUCAAUAAAGAAAUUAUUUCAAUGCA